ACUAAAUCCGGAAAAACGGGCGCCAUUUUCCUUCCUUUUUUUUUUGGCCCAGAUUUUGGGCACAUGAAUUUAACGGAGGAUUACUCAAAUUGCGUUUUUUUCAUUGUUUCAUGCAAGGUUAUACCUAGUCAUUAGCUGAAAUUAGCUUUCAGCCAUGAACCCAAUUUAGCCAUUAGCCAGUAGUUGAAGUUAGCUAUUAGUCAUUUGUUAAAGAUGCCCAUAAACUUAAGCUAACUAUUAUCCACCAGUUGAAUCUAGAUAGAAAUAGCAACAUGACAAGAUUUCUCAAAAAUCACAGUCUGUCAAAAUGUUGGGUCUGGUUGGAAUGGCCCCUUCAAUCCAAGUACAACAUACCGAAAAUUUUGAAAACCGGAUGAUGGGUUCCGGAGAAACUGCUUCAUUUAUUUUUUUCUUUGUUUUUUUGUUUUGUGCGUGUUGAAAAAAAAAAAAUUGCCUUUUUUGGCAACAUUUUCAUGUGAGAUCGCCUAUAGAAAAUCUGAUCCAAAAACGCCUUCGUAUUAGAGUCAAACAAUAUCACUUGAUUAUUUUUUAACAUGUAUCUCUUCGACCGUUUCGUUUCGUCUGCUAACUGGGGAACCCCUUCUGGCUGACAAGUUUCAGUUAAAAAUGUCCACCAAUAAGCUCGUACGGGAUGAUAUUUUGAGGGGUUCCCCAAGUCGACGCGCCCAAAUUACCGUGAUGUUUAAAACAGCAUCACUUGGCAUAAAACCAUGACUUAAAUAGCAAAUGGAACAUUAUUCGUGAGAAGAGCUUGUGGGCAGUAGAAUAAGUCAUGUAUUUUAGUAACCAGUUGUUUUGUCUGGAAUGUACUUGUUAUGGAGGAUUAAUUAUAUGUUUUUUAGAAAAUUCCACAAAGAUGGCAGCCACUUGUCAAGUUGCUACUGGAAGUCAUUUGUUGAAGUUAGCUGUGAGUCAUUUGUUGAAGAUGGCCAGUAGCUGACUUUGGUGAGGGUUCCAUACUUCAUAGAUCUCACCCGUCCAGAAUACGUGCUAAACCACACGUGUAACUUCUACCUGGAACCGGAGCAGGGCGUCCGCGUGGGCGUAUGGUAGCGACCACCUUCUUUCGACAGUUUUUAUUACUCCUUAAAAAACAAGCAAAAAAAACCUAUUUGGCGUCUUAUGAAAGUGUUGGUUUCCGUCUCCCCGAGGCACACACUUCCUGCCAGCCAUUGGGACGAGGCAGCGGGGAAGGGUCCCGAGUGGUACCGCGGGACUCUAGGAGACGGAAAUCCUGUUAUCAUCUAUCUCCAUGGCAACGUGGGCACCAGGGCCAAAGAUCACAGGGUGCAACUGGUCAAGAUUUUAAGCACCGCAGGGUUUCACAUUCUGUCUCUGGACUACAGAGGCUUCGGCGACUCGACAGGGCAGCCGAGCGAACGCGGGAUGACCACAGACGCCCUCCACCUGUACACGUGGGUGGAGCGGCAAAGCGCAGGGUCCCUGGUGUGUCUGUGGGGGCACUCUCUCGGCUCCGGGGUUGCAAGCAACACUGCCGUGAAGGUGCAAGAGCAAGGGUCCGUCGUGGACGCUUUAAUUCUCGAGGCUCCAUUCACAAGUAUUGGAGAGGUAGUUGUCAAUUUUCCUGUGGCUAAGCUCUACACGUUCCUUCCGGGAUUUGAACUCUUCCUUUGGAACACUUUGGAGACGAACAAGCUACUGUUUUCAAACGAAGACAAUUUAAAGGCGCUGACCUGUCCUCUGCUCAUACUGCACGCGGAGGACGACGACAUGGUGCCGUAUCACAUGGGUCAGAAGCUGUACCAGAUAUCAGUGCGCACGCACAGGGAGCGGAGCAAAGACGUUCCGCUGGAAAUGAUUUCCUACCCGGCGAGUCGCGGAUUGUCUCACAGUAACAUCUACUUGGAUCCUGGCCUGUCCAAGUCGGUGGGGGCUUUUCUGCACAAGCUGCGAGGAUAACGCUACUCAUGGAACUUACACCUCACCUCCUCGCAGUGAACCAGUAUUUGUAUUUAAAAAAAAAAAAAGCUUUUUGGGUGCUUUUUAUGACGCACAAAGAUGCCACAAGUUGGCGCCAAAGCGCUGGCUAUUAGUAUAGUACUUGGUGUCAAGGAAAUAUGUUGAAGUGAUACAUCUCAACUGAUUAACAUCUUUGUCAAGAGGAGCUAAGUUUAGCCUGGGUUGUUAGUGGGUUGAUGAUGCCAGCGACCCCAUCACAACUUCACAACAAGCAGCAGUUUGGCAGAUAGUGAGCAAUUCUUCAAAAACGAGGCUUCAAGCUGUUUAUUUCCACUCCCUGUCGAAGUUUACUGUCAAAUUAAACAUAAAUCCAAGCGAAUUACACCUUGUGGAGUUAAAACCACAUAACUUUGCCUUAAAGUCCUCUAGCUUAAUGCUAACACACAAUGCAAAACACCAUAGACAGGCUAAUGAGUAGCAUCGAUGUUAUAACCCUUUAAGAAACGACUAUUUGAACACAAAGGGUGCAGAAGGAGCACAAUGUGUGUGGAUUAAUGGCAUUUCCAUUUAUUUCAAAGGGGAAAUAUGAUUUUAGAUAUGAGUGUCGUGUUACAAGUGUGGUCCCGGAAUUAAACUUGUAAGUCAAGGCACCACUGUUUUACUGUAGCAUACAAACCUUUACUGUAACGUGACAAAAAUGUGAAGGGGAAAAAAUAAAUGCCAUUCAAUGUAAUUUUAAUACACCUGAGAUAUGCGAACACUGGUAGGAAAAAACUGAAGAAGGAAAAUGUA